AUGCCGCCGCCGGCCACCGCUCUCGGUCGGUACCGCAUUCUCAGUGCCCGAGCGGGCGUGCGUGUGUCGCCACUCUGCCUCGGCGCCAUGUCGAUCGGCGACAAGUGGGGGAGUAUUGGCAUGGGCUCCAUGAACAAGGACAGCAGCUUCAAGCUUCUUGAUGCGUUCUAUGCGGCAGGCGGCAACUUCAUCGACACGGCCAAUGCAUACCAGAACGAGACGUCGGAGAUAUUCAUCGGCGAGUGGAUGGAGUCGCGCGGCAUACGGAAUGAGAUGGUGAUCGCAACCAAGUACACUAACCCGUAUAAGCGAUCGGAUGAUUCGGUCGGCAUCAAGGUCAAUUACGGCGGAAGCAACGUCAAAAGCUUGCACAUCUCCGUCGAGGAGUCGCUCAAUAAGCUGCGCACCUCUUACAUCGACAUCUUGUACGUUCACUUCUGGGACUGGGGAGUCAGCGUCGAGGAGGUCAUGAACUCUCUCCAUAACCUUGUCGUCUCCGGCAAGGUACUCUACCUUGGCAUAUCCGACACGCCGGCGUGGAUCGUUGCGUUGGCUAACCAGUAUGCGCAAGACCAUGGCAAAACUCCCUUCUCAAUCUACCAAGGUCGCUGGAAUGUCUUCACGCGCGACUUCGAACGCGACAUUCUUCCCAUGGCACGCCACCUCGGGCUCGCGCUUGCGCCGUGGGAUGUCCUCGCCGGCGGCAAGAUUCGCACAGAUGCGGAGGAAGAAGCACGUCGCCAGACUGGCGAGAACGGUCGCGCAGUGCGCGGACCUUGGGAGCGCAACGAGCAGGAGAAGAAGAUGGCUAGCGCGCUCGAGAAAGUUGCUGCCGAAAUUGGCGCAAAGAGCAUUCAGGCCGUGGCCAUUGCCUACCUCAUGCAGAAGACUCCGUACGUCUUCCCGAUUGUUGGCGGGCGCAAGGUCGAGCACCUGCACGCCAACAUUGAGGCUCUUGAGAUUGCUCUCACCGCCGAGCAUGUCAAGCAGAUCGAGGACAUCACGCCGUUCGACGUCGGGUUUCCAACGAACUUCAUUGGGCGUGACGACGACGAGAAGGACUUCUUCUUGUUCGCCACUGGAGGUCACACGGACCGGUGGCCCCGACCCGAAGCUAUUCGCCCGGCGAAGGCAUGA